AUGCUAUCAGACCACCAGUGUCAUGUCAGAGAACUUAGGAGAAACCUAAAGAGGCUCCCCUGGUCAACAAAGAAACAAUCUGAGAAUGAACAGGAAAACAUGCCAUUUGACUUCAGGACUUCUAUUAUUUAUGAAGCUUUACUAACUUUUUAUGGUUUUAAGGAAGCAAGGAGGUCAGAAAAUAGGACACGGCGCUGCCCCUGCACACCUCAACAUGCUUCUCCUGUAUGUGUAGCAACAACUUUUAUAUACUACCACUUUUCUGUUUCAAAAAACAUUGAAGAGAAAUCUACACGAGGAGCUUUAGACUUCCUGGACUGCGGGGCCGCGGGCAGCAAGGGCCAGACUCGGCGUGAGCAGGCUCUGCGCGCCAACCGGCCGGCGCCUGGCAGGCACGAUCGCAUGGUGGCGCAGAAGCUCCUCAGUGGCCAGCGCCCGCUGCAGCCCCGGCCGCGUACUCGCCUCCACUGGAGAAACGUGGAACAAUCCAAAGUUUUAAUCAAAGAAGGUGGUGUUCAGUUGCUGGUCACAAUAGUUGAUACCCCAGGAUUUGGAGAUGCAGUGGAUAAUAGUAAUUGCUGGCAGCCUGUUAUCGAUUACAUUGAUAGUAAAUUUGAGGACUACCUAAAUGCAGAAUCGCGAGUGAACAGACGUCAGAUGCCUGAUAACAGGGUACAGUGUUGUUUAUACUUCAUUGCUCCUAUAGGACAUGGACUUAAACCAUUGGAUACUGAGUUUAUAAAACAUUUGCAUGAAAAAGUGAAUAUCAUCCCACUUAUUGCCAAAGCAGACACACUCACACCAGAGGAAUGCCAACAGUUUACAAAACAGAUAAUGAAAGAAAUCCAAGAACAUAGAAUUAAAAUAUAUGAAUUUCCAGAAACAGAUGAUGAAGAAAAUUAUCUUGUUAAAAAGAUAAAGCUCCAGCAGCACCAUGAGCAAAUGAAAAAGAAUUUGGAAGCACAGCACAAAGAAUUAGAGAAAAAACGUCCACAGUUUGAGGACGAGAAAGCAAACUGGGAAGCUCAACAACAUAUUUUAGAACAACAGAACUCUUUGAGAACCUUGGAAAAGAACAAGAAGAAAGGAAAGAUCUUUUAA